CCACAAGAUAAAGGGGAAUGUCCUGACCUGACCUGACCUGUGAUUUUCAGUUCUAUGAAAUCACAACCAUACGUCAAAGUCUUUCUUUAAUCUUUUGGAUGAGAAUUCGAGUUGAGCUUGAACUCUCUUUGCUUUUUCUUUCUAAAGGCGUGGGUAUUAUAUAGAUUCUCUUGCAUGCUAGAGGUGAAGGAAAACUAGCAGAAGCUCAUCCUCCUUCACAGCUAGACAAACACGAUGAGGAAAUUGCUUCUGAUGUUCGUGCUCUACCUACAUAUGCCUGCGUCUCGACAUCCCGAGGGGAGAUCUGUCCUAGCAGGUUUUCCCGAGAAACCAGACUCUUUAGAGAAAACUGACGGUGACAAUGGGAGAACUUAUGACCUGAAACACACUAUCAACAUUUCCCAGGGGACCAGCUGUGGACGUGCCCCGACCGGCAGUAAAUCUCACAGCUUGCACAGCACAGCUCGAGGUGGUGGCGCCUUAAUUCCCGUAUACACAGCCGGGGCCAGAAACCACCACCGGGGAGUCCACCACAGUGGAGGCGGCUGUGACCGGUGGAGCUGCAGUGGAGUCAGGAUCCUGGUCACGACCGUUUUGAUCUCCUUCUGCAUAAUACAGAUCUAGAAUAUCAGUAGACUGGUUUCUUAUUUUCGGUAUACGUAUUUGUGUAAAAGCUGUGCAUAUACCAGCCUCGCCGUGGAUUUCUGCAGAUUUGCUACGAAUGUGUGAGCUUUACCCGAAAACACGACAAUUCUGUUGCCCCCUAUGUAAUGUACAAAGCUGUAUAUACUGACUCUCGAUGAUGUGGCAUUUUCCUAGGCAUCUGUACAUAGCCUGAGAUGAAUCUGGGCCGUUGAGAGAACAGAACAGACUCUCUGUUAUCUGUUACUCCUCAACUGAAAAUGGGAUCAACGGCCAAA